AUGUCUACAAGUAAUGUGACUCUGGUGAAACCAGCAACUGAGACAAAGACAGUGUUAACCACUGAACAGUCUCAAAAAUUGAUACAAACAAUGCUUACCAUGUCGUUUGGUUGUUUUGCAUUUUUAAGAGGUCUGUUUCCAGAUGACAACUUUGUUGACCAAAGAUUCGUCCCAGAAAAGGUUCAGAAGAGUUACUGUAAAGAAAAUGCUUCUCAAACAAAUUCUAUAAAGAUCAAGACUUUAGUAAGAGGUAAAUCUAGAGAAGCUGAUCUCCUUUUGGAUUGGUUAGAAAAGGGUGUGUUUCAAUCAAUCAAGUUGAAGUAUCUACAAGCUUUGAGUUUGGGUAUUUUUUUGGAUGAAAGUAAUCCGACCGAUUUAGUUGAAGAUUAUCUUUUUGCCUUUGACUACGAUGAUUCAAGCAACGUCACCUUGAAGAUAAAUGGCGAAAAGGAUACCGUUUCUUUGCUUGAUUCAAGAAAAAUGGCUCAACAAUUGAUGAGAAGGUUUAUCAUUAUAACUCAAUCGCUGGAUCCCCUGCCUCAAAAAAAAUUCCUUUCAAUGAGAUUAAUGUUUAAUGAUUCAGUGGACCCAAACUACCAACCUUAUUUGUUUAAAGAUGCUACAUUUGAUAGAAGACCUACUCUAAAGAUGCCAGUCUCAGCUGAUAAGGAAUCCUUCUCUGUCGGCGCCCUAGAUACUAAAUUUCAUAAGGUAGACUUGAAAGUGUUUUCGGUUUCCGAUUUUGUUGCUAAUGAGAUGGAUAGCAAUUCCACCUUUCAAUAUGUGGACCCUUUUGCUUUAAUCAAUUCUUCUCAGCAGCACCCUGCCUCCGUUCCAAGAGAAUCACAAAUUUCUAGUAAAUUAUCAGAGAUUUUACAAUCGUCUCAACCAAGUAUUCAACCAACCCAAGCAGUUACCCAAAUUAACAAUACCAAUAAUAUUCAAGACGCUAAAUGUGAUUGUGGGUUGGAAUGCCCUGCAAACUCUUCUGCAACUAAAGUCUGUAGAAUUUGCAAAAGGCAGGUUCAUGGAAAUUGUUAUGGGAAUGCAGCACCUCCGAGAAUUGCAAAUUGUAUGACAUGCUGUUAUGGAAAAGCCUUAGAUUCAACGUCAUCAGAUUUCCAAGACUUGAUGAUAUUAAGAAAAUGUUACAGGUUGUUAGUACGGAGACGUAUAUUCCCCGCUUCUAUAAAUAUUUUUAAGAAACAACUUAUUGAAGACCCAAAACCUUUUUCUGAAAGAAUUAAUUUUGCUAUUACUGUUUUGUUUCAAGAUGGAGUACUAUCACUUUCCAAGGAAGCUGAUCCUACUACACCGCAAAGAGUAAAUGCAAGUACUGUAUUAGUUGACGAUCCAGGAUUGAUAAUUCCAAACUUAAGCGGAGAAAUAUAUGGGAAGGAAUAUAUUUGGUAUUUCAGAUACAACACUUCAAAGGUGCAUUCGUGCUAUAUGGAUAUUGUUCCCCAAUCGAGAGAACAAAUUGAUUCGUGGUUAGAACAAGUAAAAGCAUUAAGAUAUGAGUAUCAUCAUUCUUUACCAGCAACUUGCGAUAUUCAAAUGUUGGAAAUAAAUGAUACACCAACUCAAGAUCCAAUUAUUAUUGGGCAGAAGAGAAAGCAUAUUGACUUGAACCAAUACUUGAAUGAUGAAAGUUCUGUGACGAAAGAUACAGUGGAUAUCUCUGUGAACAAGGAAGUGUCAGAAACUCCAAAGAAAAUAAGGAAGAUAAGUGUCUCGAAGAAAACGCUUAGAAGUAAUUGGUGA